GUAAAUAAUGUGGUAAAUAUUUAAUUGAAAGAAAAAAAACAACGAAUUUUGCUUUCUGUCAAAAAAUUUUCGCUUGCACUCAGCGAUUCAUACUGUGCUGUGGGAUUUUUCUCACAUAAGUUCCUGCCAAACAGUAUGUUUUCAAUAUAUGCAGUAUGUAAUCGUUAAGCAAUCGAAAAUCGAGCUAAUUGUACAAAUUCUACUAUUUAGUCAAAGCUUAAGAUGCUGGAGAAUCGCGCAUUAAGCACUCGUGAUAGUGAUAAACGUUGUGAAGACGAAGAGACUUGGAUUUUUGGGUACGGUUCUCUGGUGUGGAAGGCCGAUUUUCCUUUCGAAGAAAAGCGUACAGGGUAUAUCAAAGGAUUUUUGAGAAGAUUCUUUCAAAAUAGCGUCGAUCAUCGAGGAACACGUAGCAAGCCUGGUCGCGUGGUUACACUUAUUAGAUCACUCAACCCGGAUGAUAAAGUUUGGGGCAUGGGCUAUCGAAUCGGUAAAAGUGAUUCUGCAAAAGUGCUGAGUCACUUAGAUUAUAGAGAGAAGAAUGGUUACGAACGACAAAACGUACUUUUUUAUCCCUACCCUCGAAGCAGUUCUCAGACAAAUGAACCGAAAACCAUUCUACUAUAUUUGGCCACUCAAGAUAAUCCCUCAUUUGCCGGUGAGCAAGAUAGCUUGAACACAAUCGCUACACAGAUCCUAGGUGCAGCCGGAGAGAGUGGUGAUAAUGUUGAAUAUGUCUAUGAACUGGCUAACGCCAUGAGAUCUCUAUAUCCAAACGAAGUUGACAACCAUCUAUUCGAACUAGAAAAAAUACUAAAAUUAGCUAAUAGCAACAAUAAAGAUCAACACAGUCAGCUAUGUACCGAUGACAAUAGAUCACUGAAAAGUAAAGAGGGAUGAUUAAAAACUGCAAGCAUAGAAAAAAUCACAAUUGCUUUAUUCCAGAUUGUUAGUUUUCAAUAAAUUAAUUGAAGUAAAACCACCAGAUUAAAUUGAUAUCCUUUUUAUUUCACUAGUCCAUUCAGUUUAUCUUGCUGAGAAGCUGGUAUAGGCAGUGUAGAAGACAUACAUUACAAUUUAUAUGAAUUUGCUUUAUUAUCAACCUGUUGUCCUUGUGUAGCUUGGAUGAAAAAACUGUAGGAGUCAAUUCAUCUCGAAAAUGAGCCUGUAAAUUCGAAGCCACGAAGUUUUUCUUCACAAAUAACGGCUCAACGAUGCAUAAUCAUGUAUCGAAAUCAUCACAAUACAUCAGUAAAGACACCUUGAAAAACAACCCAUCAUUUUUUACAUUUAUUUCUAUAUUUAUAUGUGUAGUACUGUGUAUUGUGUAUUAGAUACAUAAUACAGGUAUUUACAGCUAUAAUGAUAGUUGACUGAUACAAACGUUAUUUUACUUUUAUUCUUUACCGUACUGUUCAUGUUAUUUCAGAUGAAUAUGGAAAAAACUAUAAACGUUCAGUAUAGAACAUUAUAGUGUUCAUUCUGUUCCUUUCACACUUCUCUAAUAGUAAAGGCGAAUAUAAAAUAAAUAAUUUUAAAGUAUAAAGUAAAAUAAGGUUUGCUUCAGUUUACAAUAACACUAUUACCACGGCACUAAAUGGUCCAAUAUUGUCAUCCGUCGAAUUACUGCGCCUCAUGUUGCCGUACGAUAUUCUUCUACCGGUGAGAUCGAUCGAAACAACUGCUUAUUGUUUUGUUCAUUGUUCUUAGAUAGGGUUUUUAAAUAUAUAUAACAACGUACUGUGACAGGCAUAAUUAUGUUUUUUUAUUAGAGUUUUUUAUAUUUACAAUAAAUUGGUUUUUAUUAGUACAUCCUUGUUGUACAUCCAAUCUUGUAGUGUCCAGUAGUAUCUC